AAGGAGGUCAAAGCCACCAUCGUCAAGAACCAGGCAACGCUCAAAAAAGAGAAGAUCAAACGGCGCAAGCAGCAGCAGCAGGGCGACAUACACACUAGCACACGAAACGGAGGCGAUCAGCCGCGAUCUGCGCACUCUGCCACUGAUGCACCGGUCGGCUCCGAAACAACUGCUGGGGCUAGUGCUAGCGAGAAGAAGAAGCCCGCGCGGAAAAAGGUUUCAUUUGCUUAGGCUUUAGUAACGACUCGAAACGUGGCCGCUUUCUCAGACUAGGCUUGUUCUUUCUUCUCUUGGGAUGGCUUCCGAGAUCUGAGCCCCGCAAUCUGGGCUGGUGCCUCCCCGCGUCCUGAAGCGAAGCCGAAGAUGCCCUUCGGGACGAUCCGUCCUCACCCAACUUGACCCCCCUUUUUGCAAAACGUCAGCGUUGCGCCACCACUAUCAAGCCCGAUUUAUUCGUUGUUGCAGAUGGUAUACCCCGUUGACGUUGGUGGUGUCAAGUUGAUGGGAAAGCCGAGGACAUGGAACCUCGGACGCCUCCGCUAGCACGGUCCCUUUACCUGCACAAUGCAGGUAGUAUGACCUAUGAUGCUGGCAGACUAUAGCCGCUGUUCCGGACGUAACCUGCAUCGCUCCCGAAUGGCGGCGUAUGCCGAGGUCACGAUCGCCUUCCCUUCGCGAGCCACGAAUCGCUAUUGUCCUCUGCUAUGCGCACGCGCUAUGGUAUACGGUACUUCCAUCUAGCAUCAGGCACGAGCGCAGCCACGAUGUGGUGCUUCGAGCGGCGCCCGACUCUCAUGUCACGGCGACUCGCCUCGCGAUUAGCGGCUUGGAUGAUUUUGGGGGUUUGGAUUCGGUGAACUCGUUCACGUUGGGCGAUGUGGGAGGGCGGCGAGCGUUGUCACGGUACACGGCAUGUUGGGCCUUCGCCACGCUACUUUCCAAGCUGUCAUGACGUACCCCUCGGAUGUCUCGCUGAUCCGUCUUAGGUGGCGGUAUAGAACUGACUCACUCGAU